AUGAGGCCGCCAUCUGACGAGGCACAUCUACAGAGGACCCAUGCGCCAGACUAUUUGGGGUUCAUGAUUCUCCUUGCGGGAUGGAUGACGAUGCUGGCUUUCAUUGAACCCUUCCACCGCAUGUUCUUCAUCAAUGAUCUCCAUAUCUCGUACCCCCAUGCGGAAAUUGAGCGUGUGCCUGUGUAUAUGAACAUCGUCUAUGCCCUCUUCCUGCCACUGGGGGUACUUGUUGCUUACAACGUCGUUACUAAAGCUUCGCCUCACAAGCAUGAAGUCACAUAUCUGUCUUUCGCCAUCGCAAUCGUCAUGUCCUCCUUCAUCACGGACCUGGUCAAGAACACAGUCGGGCGCCCGCGACCCGACUUGCUGGCUCGAUGCAAGCCGGUCGCUGGCACGAAGCCUAAUGUUCUCGUCACUAUCGACGUUUGCACCGAGACGGGCCAUCACCUUCUCCACGAUGGGUGGCGGUCUUUUCCUUCUGGCCACUCGUCCUUCUCAUUUGCCGGCCUUGGCUUCCUAAGCCUUUUCUUCGCUGGACAGCUGCACAUUUUUCGACACAACAGUGGAGGCCGUGACCUGAGCAAAGCGCUGAUUUGUCUCCUGCCACUACUUGGAGCUGCAUUGAUUGCCAUCAGUCGCUGCGAGGACUAUAGGCACGACGUGUACGACGUCAGUAUAGGGUCGCUGUUGGGCUACCUUGUCGCGUACUGGAGCUACCGAAGACACUGGCCCAAAUUGACCGCUAGGGAGUGCCACGAGCCUCACCCUCAUCCGGGAUCAGACCCCAAGGCUGGAUGGAAUCGACUGCGAGACGAGGAGGCUGGAGACUCGCGAACCGACGUAGGCUUUGAGAUGACCCAGCUAAGUAGCCAGAGACACUAA